AUGUUUUUAGCAUCAAAAGGAUUUAAAAAGGAAGAUCUUAUUAUUGUUGCCCAAGAAAUUGGCGAAGUAUUACCUCAAAAAGCUACUGUAGCGGAUCUGAAAACGAUCAUUUUGAAAAUGAUUCUUAAAAAUAUAAAAUCUCUUAACAGGUGCGAUUCGCAAGUCGGUAGAAUCGGUGGCAAACAGCAAAUAAAUUUAGGUGGCCGCUGUUGGUUUUUAGGGACAGUUAUUCACGAAUUAGGACAUGCCCUUGGAUUCUACCACGAACAUAACAGAUCAGACAGAGAUGAUUAUUUAAUCGUUUACAAAGAAAACGUACGAGAAGGUGAUGAACACAAUUUCAACAAGAUUGCUCCACACCAAAAUAUCUUGUACAACAACUACGACUAUGACUCAAUUAUGCACUAUGGUAACGUAUCCAUGUCCAAAAAUUCAAAACAAACCAUGGAAGCCAUAAAUGGACAUCCAUUGAAAGAACCUUUCGAGAAACCAGGAAUGACUGAAAGUGAUAUCGAAAGAGUCAAGAAAAUGUACCACUGUGCUUAGUUUGUAUCGAAACAAUAUUACGAUUGUUAACACGAUAUGAUUAAUAACUAAAUAAACUAAUAAACUUAAUAUGACUAAUGAAAUAAAUUUAUCUU